GGGGCGCAUGCGUAAUAUCCUCAUUUGGCCCCAACGCUGAGCUGCAGUGCGCUUGCGCUGUCUGCGGGGGACUCCGUGCUGGUCGAUUUGUAUUUGUGUGUGAAUUCGGCUUCCGGAGCCGGAGUUUGUAACGGCCACAGGAAACACAUUACAUUGAAUUAAAAAAAACAAAAAAACAAAAAAAACCCGUAACAAACAUCGGGGAAACAGAAAAAGAAUCUUAAAUCCGAAACCACAAUCUGCCACGGGGCCUACUCAAGCACAUAAUAAGAACCUUAGUUCGGCGAUUUUGCCGACAUGAAUUAAUGAGCGCGAUGGAAGAGAUUGGUUUGGCAGGAGGAUAUCAGUGGGUGUAAAUUCUGUGUGUCCAAGCAGGAGGGACCCGGAAGGGAAGAGGCUGCAGUAGCUGCUGCUGUCCUGAUCUCUGUGAUCUGUUUUGCUAUCGAGAGAGCGGGACCCGGCAAAUAGUGAAUUUAUACUUCACUGAUAGCAUCUCAAAGAGAAGGCACUGACGCUGGCUCGCAUUGAUGUAGCUGUGUUGCCGAGGAUCCUCCCACCUGACUACUUCGGGUUCCCAGUAAUGUGCUGUGUCAUCCCCAGUCUGCACAGGAACUCUGCAGACUCUCUUCCAAAGUCUCCGGGGGAAAGGCUUAGACACCUAAUCGAUCUGGAAUGACCAGGGAACUGGCUCUGAAUCCCAAACGAGUCUGCUGAUUCAAGGGACCUUACAGAACAGAGCACAUCAUCCAGCCUUUCGCUUCGCAAACAGAAAAAAAAGCAGACAUUCAUACCUGAUUCUCAUUCUCGUUAAUCGCCAGCGACCAAAAGCUUGUUUUGUUUUUAGGGUUCCUGGGCUUGUCUCUCUCUUUCUUUCUCUCUGUGAUUCGGCCCGGGUGGGAUUGAUGGGAUGCAAUCAUGUCCGAUCCGAAUGAGCUCAGGCCAGUCAAUACUCAGUAUGCUGUCUCCUUGCUGGAGCAGCUGAAAUUCUUCUAUGAACAGAAGUUACUGACUGACGUUGUGUUAAUUGUGGAGGGCACUGAAUUCCCUUGUCAUAAAAUGGUCCUGGCAACGUGCAGCUCUUAUUUCAGGGCGAUGUUCAUGAGUGGACUCAGUGAAAGUAAACAGACACAUAUUCACAUGCGGAACGUGGACCCCGUCACUCUCCAGAUAAUCAUUACCUAUGCAUACACAGGUAACCUGGCAAUAAACGACAGCACUGUGGAGCCUCUAUAUGAGACUGCAUGCUUCUUACAGGUAGAAGAUGUAUUACUUCGAUGCCGGGACUAUUUAGUCAAAAAAAUUAAUGCAGAGAACUGCGUGAGAAUGUUGAGCUUUGGAGACCUUUUCAGCUGCAAUGAACUGAAACAGAGUGCCAAACAGAUGGUGGAGCACAAAUUUGCUGUGGUAUACCGACACGAGGCCUUCCUGCAACUGUCCCACGAGCUUCUGAUUGAUGUGCUGUGCAGCGACAAUCUCAACGUGGAGAAAGAAGAGACGGUGCGGGAGGCAGCCAUGCUGUGGCUGGAGUAUAACACUGAGUCCCGCUCCCAGUACCUCUCAUCGGUCCUCAGUCAGAUCCGCAUUGAUGCUCUUUCCGAGGUAACGCAGCGAGCCUGGUUCCAGGGCCUACCGCCCAACGACAAAUCUGUGGUGGUCCAGGGCCUAUACAAGUCCAUGCCCAAGUUCUUUAAGCCCAGGCUGGGCAUGACCAAGGAGGAGAUGCUAAUCUUCAUUGAGGCGGCUGCUGAGACUCCUGGCGACAACCAUGGUGGCUGCAACACUCACUCAGCUGUUUGCUACAGCCCCCAGGCUGAGAAGGUUUACAAGCUGUGCAACCCACCUGGCGACCUCCAAAAAGUGGGUACCCUGGUGACCCCUGACAAUGACAUCUACAUAGCCGGGGGCCAGAUCCCGCUGAAGAAUUCUAUCGCCAAUCACAGCAAAACUAGCAAGCUUCAGGCAGUCUUCCGGCCGAUGGACAGCUUCUACUGGUUCGACGCCCAGCAGAACACCUGGAUCCCUAAGACACCCAUGCUGUGUGCCCGCAUCAAGCCUUCUGUUGUCUACUGUGAGGGCUACAUCUAUGCAAUAGGAGGCGACAAUGUUGGUGGGGAACUGAACAAGCGGACGGUGGAGCGAUAUGACUGCGAAAAGGAUGAAUGGACGAUGGUGAGCCCCUUGCCCUGUGCCUGGACCUGGAGCACCUCGGUGGUGGCUCACGACUGUAUCUACGUCAUGACCCACAACCUAAUGUACUGCUACUUCCCCCGGGCUGAUACCUGGGUGGAGAUGGCCAUGCGCCAGACCAGUCGCUGCUUUGCCUCGGCUGCUACCUUUGGGGACUUUAUCUUCUACAUUGGUGGUCUACAUAUUGUCAGCAACUCGGGCAUCCGACUGCCCACUAGCACAGUUGACGGCUCAUCUGUGGCUGUGGAGAUCUACGAUGUCAACAAGAAUGAGUGGCGGACGGCAGCCAACAUCCCCGCCAAGCGCUACUCGGACCCCUGUGUGCGGGCUGUGGUCAUUGUGAACUCCAUGUGCAUCUUCAUGCGGGAGACGCACAUGAACGAAAGGGCCAAGUACGCCAUCUACCAGUACGACCUAGAGCUGGACCGCUGGUUCCUGCGGCAGCCCAUCUCUGAGCGGGUCCUCUGGGACCUGGGUAAAGACUUCCGCUGCACAGUCGGCAAAUUGUACCCCUCCUGUCUUGAGGAGUCCCCAUGGAAACCCCCGACCUACCUGUUCUCUCCUGAUGGUGCAGAAGAGUUUGAGCUGGACGGCGAGAUGGUGGCGCUCCCCCGUGUAUAGCUUUAAGCUACAUUAACUCUGCACCCUCAACUGGUAUAUUGGAAGGGAGGGGGGUGGUUGCAAUCCAGGUUGCUUGGUUAAUAAAUCCUACAGAAAAGCUGGAAAAUACAUUUACAGAAGGCAAUUUCCUCACAUACACGCACACACACACACACAAGUACAUUGGUCCAUCUUCUCCCAGUCUCACCUCACCCCUUCCCCUCACCCACCCUUUAUAACUCUCCAAAUGGCAUGUCCCAGAAAGAUUUAUAAAACAAGAAAAUGUAAAAAAAAAAAUUUAAAAAAAAAACAAAAA